CAUCUGUCACUUUGAUUUACUGACAUGAUGCAGGGCAAGGGCCGUGUCCAGUCCCGGAGGUUGCGACGCAUCAAGCGCUCUGAGCCGUCGCCGUUUGUUCCUUCUUGCCUCCAUCCACAUCCGUCCACAUCCGCAUCCAUAUCAUCCAUCCACAUCCUCAUCUGCAUCCAUCCACAUCCAUCAUGUCGUCGCCGUCUCGGGCACCCGCAGAGCUCCUCCGUUCGAGCCUGCUGAGCCUCCCGCUCGAGAUCAUCAUCCACAUCUGCUCCUUCCUCGUCGACGAUCUCCGGGCGAUCCUGCACUUGGCCCACGUCUCUCCAGAGUCUUUCCACCUCCUCACCCGAUCGUCCUUCACUUUGUCGCUCUGGCGAGAGACUGCCUUCCGCCUCCUGGGCAGAGACACGGCGCUAUCCCUCUUUGGACACUAUGUUAGGAAUCGAAUGCUCCCCUGCUAUAUUCCUUCAGGCCGGCGAUCCGAGGCUGGGUAUUCAGUCCACACGCUGCCUUCGUCAAUGGCUCGCGACGAUCGGCCUCUUCACAACAACGACUCCUUCGAGCCCAUCCUGUGGUAUCGCAUCGUCGUCGGUAGCAGCCUCUUUUGCCAGGCGUGUUGUCGCCUCUAUCCGCUACCGGACCACAGCUCGGAUGUCGAUCCUUCCACCAGAGUGACCCUUGCCUCGGCUCUCGCGGCGUGGUGGGGAGAUCGCUGCUGCUGCUGUUCCAAGAUUGAAAACAAAGCGACAUUGCUCCGGCUUGGGGCUGAGCUCACCUUAUCGGAUCCGGCUCGCCCUUCCGCUUCCCCCGAGUCCCCAUCAUCCCGAACAUCCCCACCCCGCCGGUCGCUGGCCUUGAUCCUGCCGGAUAUGCUGUCAGACGAGCUCUCCGACUGCGGCAACUGCCACUCGCGGUUCUGCUGGUCCUGCCUCGAAGAUCCCGAUCGUGUGGCCUUUUGCUGCUCUUGCCCCGAGAGCUGGUCCAACUUUUGUCCGCUCUGUUGGGAGGCAGUCUUCCCGGCAUGCAGCAAGUGCCGCCAUCGCUUCUGCUCGUUUUGUGAGCAUGUCGGUGCCCAGGUGCCUGGCGAGCCCGAAUAUGUAUGUAUGGACUGCGAGGGAAUGGAGUGAACAGAGCCAAUCUAUCUCCGAUGCAGCGUCUUUGCAUCCCCUCUCCAUCGGGCCGUGCGUGGGAGUUUUAGUCAAAAUCGACUCCAGUUCGCACACAUACCAUCGCACCCGCACCCGCUUGCACUUUGCACUUGAGAGAAAAGGGGGCAGCAGUCCUAUUUGUUCACGGAGACUCAGGAUUGCCAAGUCUUUUGGUCAGUUCCACCAUCACCAGAGACGACCAUG